AUGCUAGGACUAAAAAGCAGUAAACACGCCGCUGAAAGCACAGUUCGGCUAUUAAAACAGGUGCAUGCAAUUCCUUGGAUGUGCACACCGUUGCGAACUCUAGUGGAUAUCUGGCCACAGCUCACGAAACAUGAGGUGAUGUCAGAGCUGAGUAAGAGCUCAGUGCUGAUGAGGCGGCGUGACAAAGUGGAGGAAACAUUGGAAGCUAUGCGAGAAGCGGGCGCCGCCAGGCUACAUGUUAUUUCUGACUUUGAUAUGACCCUGACUAGAUUCGCUCACAAUGGCAAAAGAGUUCCUACAACUCACAAUAUUCUGGACAGCAGGCUUUUGGUUGAUGAAGAAUGUGGCAAAAAGAUGAGAGCGCUGUUUUAUACUUACUACCCCAUUGAGAUCGACCCCAGCCUGACUGUCCAGCAGAAGCUUCCCUUCAUGGUGGAAUGGUGGACUAAAGUUCACCAUCUCCUGGUGGAGCAGAAGAUCCAAAAGGACCUUCUGGCUCCUGCCGUUAAGGAGUUUACCUCUAUCACCUCCAUGCUCAGGUUCGGCUACAAGGAGUUCUUUUCUCAUCUGGCCCAUCGCAACGUCCCUAUCCUCAUCUUCUCCGGCGGCGUUGGAGACGUGCUGGAGGAAGUGAUCCGACAACACGGCGUCUUCCACCCCAAUGUUCACGUCAUCGCCAACUACAUGGACUUUGACCACGCUGGUGUCCUGAGAGCCUUCAAGGGGGAACUGAUCCACACGUUCAAUAAGCGAGAGAGCGCCCUGGCACAUGUGGCGCGCUUUCCCGAACUUCAGGAGCGACGCAGUCUGCUGCUGCUGGGCGAUAAUCUGGGCGACCUCAACGUGGCGGCCGGCGUGCCCGAGCCUCGCCGUCUCCUCACCGUAGGCUUCCUCAACGACCAGGUGGAGGCCAGGAGGGAGUCGUACGUCGAGGCCUUUGACAUAGUAGUUCUGGCGCAAGAUGACACCAUGGACGUCCCAAACGCUGUCCUUAAAUUUGUGAUGUCAUCGGGAGAUGACAAUAGAAACUGA